AUGGCAGCGCUACCAUCAAACAAAGAUAUAUUGCAAGAUUAUUUUGAUUCUGACGACAACAUAAGUGAAUUUGAAGGGUUCUCAGAUAACGAAUCUGAUCUAUACAUUCCAGAAGAGUCAAGUAGUAGUGAAAAUGAGGAUAGUUCAAGUGAAUCCGAGCGAGAAAAUGACGUCAAUUGGACAGAAAACCUUCGAGGAGUUCGUGUUGAACCCUUCACAGAAGACACUGGCCCUGUUUUUCCAGAUGAUUUCGAUGUCGCCACUGCAUCAGCGAAGGAUUAUUUUUUUUUGAUGUUCAGUGAGGAACAAAUUUCAGCAUUUGUUCGGCAUACAAACAAUUAUGCUCGAUGGAAAAUCGCUCAGAGGGGUGAGGCAGAUCCUGUUUGGUAUGAAGUCACCGAGGCUGAAAUGCGGUCCUAUUUGGGCAUAAAUAUUGUGAUGGGAAUCAACGAAAUGCCCACUUACAAGGAUUAUUGGUGUAAAAACCUUUUCCUUGGAAAUGAAGGGAUAAAAUCAGUUAUGACCGUCAAGAGGUAUGAAAAGUUGACAGAGUAUUUCCAUGUGAGUGAUCAAGAAAAUGAACCUGCAAGAGGAACAAGAAAUUACGACAAACUGUACAAGGUACGUGAAGUGAUAACCAUGGCAAGAGAAAAGUUUAGAUCAAACUCCCCAUGA